AUGACGUCGAUAGAAGACAAGCAGGCAAGGGAGGAGGCAAGUCCGAUGACUGAGGAAGAGAAGCCUUUCUUUGAUGGGGUGAUCGCUGCGCUGACAGAAGAAGAGAAGCAACUUGCGUUACAAGAUCCUCUUGAUGUCCUCAUAAUCGUCCGUGGGUUUGCCACAGAGAAUCCGAGGAUGCAGGCAACGAUAGACGCCAUGAAGAAGAUAUACGCAUGGAGGAGGGAGAUUGGUUAUUACAACUUCCUGAAGCACAAGAUGGAGGAUGCAGACAACUUCCACAAGUACUGGCCUGAGACGAUGUGCGGGACGGACAAGUACGGCCAUUUCCUUCAGUGCCUGAAGGCUGGUGAUAUCGACAUGGAUAAGUUGGAGGCGAUGGAUGAGAAGCGUUUGGAAGCCUUGCAAGGUCAGCGGAUGCUGGCGUACGGGAUGUACAAGAGGAACCUGAGCAGGGAGAAGGGAGUGCAGCGAUACAAACACACUCUCGUUGUGGAUCUGCACGGAGUGUCCCUCAGCCUCACCAAGAGCUCCAAGAGAGCCUUGCUGAAGAGGAUUUUCGACGUCGGGACUCACUACUACCCGGAGACGAUGUGGAAGAUCUACGUCGUGAACACUCCUAUGCUCUUCCGAGGGAUUUGGGCGAUAGUCAAGCCGUGGCUCCAUCCCAUCACAGUAGCCAAGGUGAACCUACUUGGAGGUCACUCCUCGGCGAUGAAGCAGAUGGAGCAGGAAGGGAUUCCUGCCUCCCACAUGCCAAAGUGGAUGGGAGGGGGCUGCGAGGGCAUGCCUGCGUCUGUCUACAUCAACUCGCUGCUGCCGCAACAUGGAUAG